CAUACUAGCAGUUGCUCUCCAUCUACAUGGCUCAUCAGAUUAGUCAGGAGCCACUGAAGAUCUUAGAGCAAUGUAGAGUUACUCCAAAACCAGGCUCAGUUCCCUCUACCACUCUUCCCCUUACCUUCUUUGACGUUCCAUUUUUCUUCAGCCCACCCUUCAAACGCAUCUUCUUCUACGAGUUUCCUCAUCCCACUCUCUACUUUCUCCAAACAACACUUCCCAUUCUGAAACACUCUCUUUCCCUCACUCUCCAACACUUCUUCCCCUUCUCCUCCAACCUCAUCGUUCCUCCACAACAACCCCAUCUCUCUCACAUCCGUUACCUUGAUGGAGACUCUCUCUCCUUCACCGUUGCUGAGUCCACUGCAGACUUCACUCUCCUCACAUCUCAUUCACCCCAAGAUGCUCAAAAUUGGCACCCUCUUGUUCCUACCUUGCCUUCCCCACUUGUGGAGCAAGAUGGCACACGUGUGUUCCCUCUCAUGGCCAUUCAGGUCACCGUUUUCCCAAACUCAGGCUUCACCAUGUGUCUUACGUUCCACCACAUUGCUACCGAUGGCAAAUCACUUCAUCAUUUCAUCAAGUUUUGGGCCUCUCUUUGCAAAGCAAAAGGGAACUUGGCUUCUUCCCUUGAAACUUCUCUGUCUCUUCCUUCACACGAGAGGGACAUAGUUAAAGACCCAAAGGGCCUUAAGCUCAAUUACUUUCAAGAACUUGAACAUCACGAGUCAAGAAGCGUGGAGUUUGCGGGGCUCGUUGGAGAUGUUUUCACUAACACCGUUCGCUACACUGCUCUAUUGACUCAUGAACAAGUUGAGAAACUGAAGAAGUGGGUCUCUAUUAAAUGUGCCAGCUACACUGAUGGCACAGUGCACAUAUCAACCUAUAUGGUGCUAUGUUCCUUGUUCUGGGUUUGCAUGAUUAGAUCAGAGGAGAGCAAAAGCAAUAGUGUUGCACAAAACAACGAUGAGGAUGAAGUGUGCUACUUGCUAAUUCCAGCAGAUUGUCGUCAUCGUCCUGAAUUUUCAUUACCUUCAACGUACUUUGGGAAUUGUUUAGCCACUUGCUUUGUGGCAAUGAAGAAGAGUGAGCUAGUGGGAGAAAAUGGGAUCGUUGGAGUGGCAAAUGCAAUUGAAAGACUAAUUAGAGAUUUGAAGAAUGACCCUUUGAGAACGGUUGAAACGGCGAUGCCAGAAUUUAAACAAUUUGGUAAAUCUACCUUAAUAGUUUCGGGGACACCAAAGUUUUCUGUGUACCAGACUGAUUUUGGAUGGGGCAAGCCUAAGAAAUCUUUUGCAGCUUAUAUUGAAUCUUCGGGAUGGAUUUGUCUUUCUGAUUGUAGAGACGAAAAAGGAGGAAUAGAGGUUGCAUUGACACAUGAAAGGAUUCGGAUGAAUAGGUUCAUCACUAUCUUUGAAGAGCAACUCCAUAAUAUUAAUAAAUUCUGAGGGAACAAUUCAUUCGGAUGAAUAGGUUCAUCACUAUCUUUGAAGAGCAACUUCAUCACUAUCUUUGAAGAGCAACUCCAUAAUAUUAAUAAAUUCUGAGGGAACCAUUCAUUCGGAUGAAUAGGUUCAUCAGUAUCUUUGAAGAGCAACUCCAUAAUAUUAAUAAAUUCUGAGGGAACCAUUCAUUCGGAUGAAUAGGUUCAUCACUAUCUUUGAAGAGCAACUUCAUCACUAUCUUUGAAGAGCAACCCCAUAAUAUUAAUAAAUUCUGAGGGAACCAUUCAUUCGGAUGAAUAAGUUCAUCACUAUCUUUGAAGAGCAACUUCAUCACUAUCUUUGAAGAGCAACUCCAUAAUAUUAAUAAAUUCUGAGGGAACCAUUCAUUGGGAUGAAUAUGUUCAUCACUAUUUUUGAAGAGCAACUCCAUAAUAUUAAUAAAUUUUGAGGGAACCAUUCAUUCGGAUGAAUAGGUUCAUCACUAUCUUUGAAGAGCAACUUCAUCACUAUCUUUGAAGAGCAACUCCAUAAUAUUAAUAAAUUCUGA